GAUUCUGCUCUGUAAUAUAAAACCCGGGAAUGAACGAACAGAAGUUUCAGUUGAUCGCUCGCAGUUUUAAGAUACGUGCGUAUUCAUAGAAAUGACGCAGACUAAUUCUUUUGUGUAUCUUUGUCUGGUGGUGACAGUUAUAUGGAUUGUUGGGUCUACAACUGGAAAACCGAUUCAAGUAUUGGAAAACAUUCCCGGAUUCAUUCCAGUAUAUAUAAGACAUGGAAAUGAAGCAUUAGAAGAUAUUAAUCCACUACUGGCUGAAGCAUUCCACGAGAAAAAAAGACAUACGAAAGUCAUUUCCCUGGAGGGACAGGAUGCCUCGAAGCUCGACAGUAGUACUCCUGAAGAUAUUCCACAGCUAGCGUCGAGUAAAAAAAAACGCCAGAUCCUUUAUUCAACAUUCCAAGAAUAAUGAAGGAGAAAGAAAAAGAAAGAAGCAAUGACGCAGCUCCAAAAGAUCUUCGAGGACACGACCAUGAGAUUGGAGUAAUCCGUCAUCUCCUGUGCGUAUAGCGGAUGAGGGAAUGUCUGAGCAUCAGACCCGUCUCUGUUAAAACAAUCUAUAUUUUACAUUAUUUUUGGGUAAUAAUUUACAAUAUCAAGUCUUGUGGAGAUUUUGAUGCCUUCAUACGCAGGCACAAUCAGUUAUUUGGAUGAUUUCUCGUUUGGAGCCUCUGCGUGUCCUUAAAAUAAAAAUAAAUUCAAUUCAAUUCGGUAUGGCGGACAUUUUUUUAUAUCGCGAAUGAUAGUUGAAGAUUGAAUGAUUACCUGUAUUCAUGAACUUUAAACCUGGCUGGUGUACAAUUAUGAUGUUUAGAAUAAAGAGCCGCUAGGCAUUUGGUCGGUUCUUUUUUAUCCCUGA